CCCGCCCCGCCAGCGCCGCCAUGGGCUGAGCCGCGGCGGCUCCGGGCUGCGCGCCCCGAGGAUGGAGAGAGCCAUGGAGCAGCUCAACCGGCUCACGAGGUCCCUGCGCCGCGCCCGCACCGUGGAGCUGCCGGACGACAAUGAAACUGCUGUCUAUACCCUGAUGCCGAUGGUUAUGGCUGACCAGCACAGGUCUGUCUCAGAGCUACUAUCAAAUUCAAAAUUUGAUGUGAAUUAUGCAUUUGGACGUGUGAAGAGAAGUUUGCUUCAUAUUGCAGCAAACUGUGGAUCAGUGGAGUGCCUCGUUCUGUUACUGAAAAAAGGAGCCAAUCCAAACUACCAGGACAUUUCAGGAUGCACACCUCUCCAUUUAGCAGCAAGGAAUGGCCAGAAGAAAUGUAUGAGCAAGCUGCUGGAAUACGGUGCAGAUGUCAACAUCUGUAAUAACGAAGGCUUGACUGCGAUUCACUGGUUGGCUGUGAAUGGGCGAACAGAACUGCUUCAUGAUCUUGUUCAGCACGUGAGUAACGUGGAUGUCGAAGAUGCGAUGGGACAGACAGCCCUUCACGUAGCUUGUCAGAACGGACACAAGACGACGGUGCAGUGUUUGCUGGACAGCGGAGCAGAUAUCAACAGGCCCAAUGUAUCAGGAGCAACUCCCCUCUAUUUUGCUUGCAGCCAUGGUCAGAGAGACACUGCACAAAUUCUCUUGAUGAGAGGAGCCAAAUAUUUACCAGACAAAAAUGGCAUUACUCCCCUGGAUCUCUGUGUGCAGGGUGGCUAUGGAGAGACUUGUGAAGUCUUAAUACAGUACCAUCCAAGGCUUUUCCAGACAAUAAUUCAAAUGACGCAGAAUGAGGAUCUCCGGGAAAACAUGCUGCGGCAGGUUCUGGAACACUUGUCCCAGCAGAAUGAAAACCAGUAUCUUAAAAUCCUAACAAGCCUUGCUGAAGUUGCUACAACAAAUGGUCACAAACUGCUUAGCUUGUCGAGUAAUUAUGAAGCUCAAAUGAAGAGUCUCUUAAGGAUCGUGAGGAUAUUUUGCCAUGUCUUUCGCAUUGGCCCAUCCUCUCCCAGUAAUGGAAAUGACAUGGGCUACAAUGGAAAUAAAACUCCAAGAAGUCAGGUGUUCAAGGUCAGAAAAGUAUAUGAUGUUGUUAGGAAGAUAGACGUUAAAGAGAUGAAUGUCACAAAGCAUGCAUUCAUUAAUCAGACAUCUCAUGAACAGGAACCACUGGAACUGCUCUGGCAUUCUCUAGAUGAAUGGCUCGUUCUUAUAGCCACGGAGCUGAUGAAGAACAAAAGGGACUCUGCCAACAUUACUUCUAUUUUACUGAAGCAGAAAGGACCAAAUCACCAGGAUGCUGUUGCUACGCCUGCCUUUGCCACUGCAGGAGCUGAGGGCACAAGCGAGCUAUCCGCUGACGCCGGCCAGUCAGAAACAUCCGAUGUUGCAGGGAAGCAGGAAGCAUGUGCUGAUUGCCAGGAUGUUAUCUCCAUGACAGCCAACAGGCUAAGUGCUGUCAUUCAGGCCUUUUAUAUGUGCUGCUCCUGUCAGAUGCCUCAAGGGAUGACCUCGCCUCGCUUUAUAGAGUUUGUGUGUAAGCACGAUGAUGUCCUGAAGUGCUUUGUUAACCGAAAUCCCAAAAUAAUUUUUGAUCACUUUCAUUUUCUUCUUGAGUGUCCUGAACUAAUGUCCAGAUUUAUGCACAUCAUAAAAGCUCAGCCGUUUAAAGAUCGCUGUGAGUGGUUCUAUGAACAUCUGCACGCUGGGCAGCCAGACUCGGACAUGGUGCACAGGCCUGUCAAUGAAAACGACAUCCUCUUGGUUCACAGAGAUUCUAUUUUUAGGAGUAGCUGUGAAGUUGUCUCCAAAGCAAACUGUGCAAAGCUGAAGCAGGGGAUUGCCGUGCGAUUUCACGGAGAGGAAGGCAUGGGACAGGGAGUGGUGCGGGAGUGGUUCGACAUCUUAUCCAGUGAAAUAGUGAACCCAGACUAUGCCUUAUUUACCCAGUCAGCUGAUGGAACAACUUUCCAGCCCAACAGCAACUCUUCUGUAAACCCAGAUCAUCUGAACUACUUCCGUUUCGCAGGCCAGAUCCUGGGGCUGGCUCUGAAUCACAGGCAGCUGGUGAACAUCUACUUCACAAGGUCAUUCUACAAGCAUAUUCUUGGCAUACCUGUAAAUUACCAGGAUGUGGCAUCUAUUGAUCCAGAGUAUGCAAAGAACCUGCAGUGGAUUUUGGAUAACGACAUCAGUGACCUGGGUUUAGAGCUGACUUUCUCUGUCGAGACUGAUGUGUUUGGAGCAAUGGAAGAAGUGCCACUGAAGCCAGGGGGUGCGAGUAUACUCGUCACACAGGAAAACAAGGCUGAGUAUGUCCAGCUUGUCACAGAGCUUAGAAUGACAAGGGCCAUUCAGCCUCAGAUAAAUGCCUUUUUACAAGGCUUCCAUAUGUUCAUUCCACCCUCUUUGAUCCAGCUUUUUGAUGAAUAUGAACUGGAGCUUUUGUUGUCUGGGAUGCCCGAAAUUGAUGUGAAUGAUUGGUUAAAAAAUACCGAAUACACCAGUGGCUAUGAGAGAGGAGACCAAGUUAUUCAGUGGUUCUGGGACGUCGUGGAAGAGCUAACUCAGGAAGAGAGAGUAUUACUGUUACAGUUCGUUACUGGCAGCUCCAGGGUGCCUCAUGGUGGCUUUGCCCAUAUAAUGGGUGGCAGCGGACUGCAGAACUUCACAAUUGCUGCCGUGCCGUACACUGCAAACCUUCUGCCGACAUCAAGCACGUGCAUCAACAUGCUCAAGUUACCUGAAUACCCCAGUAAAGAAAUCCUUAAGGACAGGCUUCUCGUGGCAUUGCACUGUGGAAGCUAUGGGUACACCAUGGCGUGAGGAAGGCUGGACAACUCGCCUGGCUACUGAAGCGCAAUUCCCAGCCACACAAGCAGUUUUGGAAGCUGCCAAUAGAAAAGCAGCUUAGAUGCUGCAGCCCAUUGCCAGGGCUGGUCUUUGGACUUCGUGCAGGAUCAUCAGCUUCUGCUCCACCACGUGUCGUCCAAGCCACAAACCUCUCAGUACGCCGUGUGUUCGUUUCUGAGAGUGGCAGGUCUCCGUGGAAAUCAGUGGACACCCUUCUCACUGUUACUCCAGUCUGACCCCCAGAGCCUCUUUCCACAGCCCACUUGGGAUUUGUGCAGCGGUGUGGGUGGCUGGCGUUUGCGUUUCUGGCUCCUUGGCGCUGGGAUGCCGUCCGGUGAGCGGGCAGGCUCGGGCCUCGUGCCUCGCUGCCUGCCAAAGCGCCAUCUAUUUUUGCAGAGAACACUGCAGAAGGUUCCCCUGGGGCACUGUACAGCAAGCCAGAGCUGAUGUAUUUUCCAUUUCUUUGCGCAGCACCGGGAGAUUUUAUAACUUUUGAGUGUCUGGUGGAUAUGGGAUGUAAAGGUUGGACUGUUGGCGCUGCAGACGGGUGAAGCGAGCGGCUGGUUUCUAUUCCAAUUUACACUAUAUUCUACUAAAUAUUUAAAGCAUUUGUGACUCUGCAGUCAACCUGCAGUUUGGCAUUUGUAAACAUUGUUUAAGAUACAUUCCCAUUGGUUUGAAUGCCUUUCCUCUUUCCUUGACAUAAUUGUAUGCUCCAAAGCUGUUAUUAAAUGCUCAUAUUUUUACCAGA